AAUUCACGGGCAUGAAGCCAGUGGCCAACGUCAAGAUUGGUGAUCAAGAGCAUUAUGGGUCUUCACAUUGUCAUUCUGUCCGUCUUGAUGUGGUAUUGUGCCCUCAAAUGGUUGAAGUAUUACCGCGUGCCCCAGAACUUUCCUCCGGGCCCGCCCAGUGUGCCUUUUUUGGGUGUUUUGCCAUUUAUGAAGGACAACUUCCGGGAUGCUCUUCAGACUUGGCGAAGAGAGUAUGGUGAAGUGGUGGGUCUGCAGCUUGGGUCAGAGCUGACGGUCCUGCUUUCGGACUUUGACGAGAUCUCCAUGGCCUUCAAGGACAAGCGAUUCACUGGAAGACCCAAGGCCUUGACUGAGACCAUGACGGCCUUUUUUGCGUCUCAUCCUGGAGAGAAAAACGGAGGGAUCGUGUUUUCCCACGGGGAUCAGUGGACCGAACAAAGGCGUUUUGCUCUGAAGACCCUCAGGGAUUUUGGGUUCUCCAAAAAAAACAUGGAGGAUGUCAUCAUGGACGAGGUGUACAAGAUGAUAGAUAUCCUCAAGGACACUGAAGAUUCUGUGUCUCUGAACCAAGCCUUGUCCAUCGGAGUGGUCAACUCAUUGUGGACCAUUUUGACGGGUCAGAAACUCAAUCAUGGAGAUAAGACGGUUAUGGAGAUCAUCACGGGCACGGACAACUUCAUCCACCAGGAGUCCAUGUCUGGACCAUUGAUGAUCUUGCCUUGGUUGCGAUUUCUUCCCGGGAUCCGGGAGAAGUUCCUGGCUUCGAAAGCUGCUCCACUUUCCAUGAGAAGGCUUCAGAACGAGAUGGUGGCAAAGCAUGAGCAAGACUCCAAUACUAAUAACAAUGAACCAUCCAGAAAAGAGUCGUCAGACUUCAUCGAUGUCUACUUGGACAAGAUCAAGGACACCCGAGACCGCAAGUCCAGCUUCUUUGGCGACCAAGGGCGUCUGAAUCUCCAAAGAUCCUUGACCGAUAUUUUCGGGGCCGGAACUAGUUCCGGCAGCUCCAUGCUCCUCUUCGCCUUCUUGUACGUCAUCAAGUACCCCAAGAUCCAGACCAGGGUCCAGAACGAGAUCAACAGGACCAUUGGAAAGCGAAAGGUCACUCUGGAUGACCGGACCCAAAUGCACUACACAGAUGCUGUCCUUCACGAGGUCAUGCGACACUCUUGUUUGGUCUACGCUGUUCCUCAUGCCACCACUGAGGACGUCAUGGUCCAGGGCUAUGAUCUUCCCAAAGAUACCGUGGUCUAUGCCAAUGUUUGGCAUGUCAUGCACAAUUCGGAUUAUUGGCGGGAACCGGCCGUUUUUCAUCCGGAACGAUUCCUGGAUCGGGAUGGGAAGUUCCGCAAGGAUGAACGAUGCAUCCCAUUUAUGUUGGGCAAGAGGUUUUGCAUUGGACAAAGUUUAGCGCUUCAACAGCUCUUCUUGUUCUUUGUGACUGUUCUACAGCAGUUUGAUUUGGAGACUCCUGCAGGGCCCGAGAAGGUCUCCAUUGAGCCGAUUGUGGGGUUUGUACAUCAAUGCCCCAAGUAUAAUGUGAUCAUGAACAAACGAACACAUUGA